CUCUGCCUUGUACACGGAGAGAAACGUCGGUUUGUUCAGCUCCGUAAUAAGCACUAGCUAUUUCGAGGAAGGUACACAGAGACUGGGUGGGAGCAGAGACAAAUAUUCAAAGGAGGAUAAAAACAGAAAAGUCUCAAAAUAGUGAAAACGUGUCCAACGUUAUGGGCGAGUCCUCUGGAUCAAGCAAUUCAUCGGCUGCUAUCGAUUCUUCUAACAUUGGUUUUCAGCUCCUAAAGAAGCAUGGCUGGAAGGAAGGUACUGGUCUUGGAAUCGCUGAACAAGGUAUAUUGGUGCCUAUACAAGCAGAGCCAAAACAUAACAAACAAGGACUAGGAUCUAAAAAACCAGCUAAGAGAAAAGCGGCGGCACAGCCUCGGGUUACAGAUUCUGAAGAAGUAUCAAAGACGACGAACAAGAAACUCUCUAAGAAAUUGCGGAAGACGAUCGAGCACGAAAAACUUUUAGCAGAAAAAGAAUUUGAACGAGCCUUCCGCAUGGAGUUCUGGCCUGAUAAUGUAUAA